AUGAGACCGGACAGUUGGCCUCCUCCAUGGUCAUUUAUUCUUGACUUAAGGCUCAUAUUACAAGGUGCUUCACUUAACUCUGCAUCUAUUAAUACUUUACUACACCCCAGCAAUUUCUAUUAUUACUUGAUCUUCUUUACACAUAGUCCUUUACAUCCUUUGGGUACCCUGCUUCAUUUUCACUUUUUAUAUACUCUCUCUCUCUCUCUCUCUCAGUUAGAGCUUUUUCCUUUCUCUUUUAUUUCUUUCUGUGUUAUAUCUGUUUAUAAUAUCUUUAUCUUUUCAUUUUUUCUCCCUCUUUUUCACUGCAAUAUUGCUUAUUUUGUAUAUAGUUUCUCUUUCCGUUCUUUAACAUUAUUCUGUGAAGCCUCUUUUCAUAAUAUCUUUCCCUCUCUCUUUCUUUUCUCUUUUUUUCUUCAACUUGACUUCAUUUUAUAUUCCCCCUCUAUUUUUCUCUUUUUUCUUUCUUUUCCCUCUCUCUCCAUAUAUGUUUCCCUCUCUUGUCUUUUCCCUUUUUGUGCAGCCUGUCUUUAUUACAUCUGUUCCUUCUUUCUUCCACUUUUUGUUAAUAUAGCCCCUCUUUCUCAUAAUGUUUUCAUCUAUCUUUGCUUUCUUUCCACCUUUCUUUGUAUAACUUCCUUUAUUAUAGACUUUUCUUUUCCAUUUUUUCUGUACAGCCUCUGUUACAUCUAUUCCUCAUUACUGAUUUUUUUACCAUUCCCUCUGUUUUGUUCUCCGCUUUUUUUCUUAUUAACCUCUUUUUAUAAUAACUUCCCCUCUGUUCUUUUAUUCCCUAUACAACCUCCUUUCAUCAUAGCUAUUUUCUCGCUUUUCCCAUUUUUUUUUCUGGGCUGGCUUCAUAUUAUCUUUUCCCUCUCACUUUUCCUUUCUUUUUCCACUGCAGCCUCUAUUUGCUAUAGAUUUUUCUCUCCUUUCUCCCAUGUAGCUGCUCUUUAUUCUACCUUUCCCUUCAUUUUUAUUUCCCCCUUUUUCUUUUGUAACCUCUCUUCAUUCUACCUUUCCCUCUCUUUUGUAUUUCCUCCUUUUUCUUUUCCUCUCCUCAUUAUAGCUGUUUUCUCAAUUUCUCCUUUUUUCUGGGUAGCCUAUCUUCAUGGUACCUUUACUCUCUCUUUUUUCCCAUUUCUCUGUGUAGCCUCUCAUUAUAGUUUUUCUUCUCUUAUUUCUUUCUUUUCACUUUGUUCAAUCUCACUUCAUGAUAAUUUUCCCUCUUUCUUUAUUACGUCUGUUUUUUCUUUCCCCCCUUUUUUUUUUCCUCUAUUUUGUCUGUCUUUCUUUUCCAUUUUCUUUGUAGCUGCUCUUCUAUAUAGCUCUUUUUCUCUUUCUCUUCCCUUUUCAGACUCUCUUCCUUGUGGCUUUUUCUCUUUCUCUUCCCUUUUCAGACUCUCUUCCUUGUGGCUUUUUCUCUUUCUCUUCCCUUUUCAGACUCUCUUCCUUGUAGCUUUUUCUCUUCCCUUUUCAGACUCUCUUCCUUGUGGCUUUUUCAUCUAUAUUUGCUUUCUUUCCACUUUUCUUUCUAUAGCUUCCUUCAUUAUAGAUUUUUACUUCUCUUUUUUUUUGUUUCUGUCUUUUCCAUUUCCAACCUUACUUCAGUGCGGCUUUCUUUAUUUUUUCCUCUCAUUCUGUAUCCUCAUUCGAUGCAAUUUUCUAUUGUCUCUCUGUCUAUAA